AUGAAAUUAGAGGUUUCUAAUUACUUGUGGGAAAUGUACUAUGGAGGAUGGGCAGCACCUAAUAUAUACUUCUUGGGGUUUGCUGGUGUAGUCAAGUUCGGAAACCUUCGAAUUGGUGGACUCUCUGGAAUUUAUAAACAGCCCGAUUUUCUUAAAGGACACUUUGACAGGCCUCCUUAUAAUGGUCAUACUAUUAGGUCAGUAUAUCAUGUUCGUGAGUAUGAUUUCCACAAACUCAUGCAAGUUGAGGAACCAGUCGAUAUUUUUCUUUCACAUGAUUGCCCUGUUGGCAUCACUGAUUGUGGGGACUGGAAGGAACUUGUUCGGGAAAAACCAGAUUUUAAGCAGGAGGUUCAAGAAAGAAAUCUUGGAAGUAAACCAGCUGCUCAAUUGCUAGAAAAACUGAAACCACCUUAUUGGUUUUCAGCUGAUUUACACUGCAAAUUUGCUGCUCGUGUUCAACAUGGGGAAGAUGGUUCAGUGACAAACUUUCUUGCCCUUGAUAAGUGCCUACCAGGACGCAAAUUUCUUCAGUUAGUUUGUUGA